GAUAAGUUGGAACGAUGACGCCUUACCCUUGAGACCAAAGGAUUCAGAAUAAGUAGGAACAAGACUAAAUACAUGGAAUGUUGUUUCAGUGGUCGGAAAACGGAAUCAGAAGUGGAAGUUAGAAUUGACUCUCACUUAGUGCCUGAGGUAGACAAGUUUCAGUAUCUUGGCUCGGUAAUUCAGGCUGAUGGGGAGUUAGACGGGGAUGUUGGACAUCGUGUUGGAGUGGCUUGGGCCAAAUGGCGAUUGGCUUCAGGGGUGUUGUGUGAUCCGAAGAUUUCGCCCAAGAUGAAAGGUAAGUUCUACCAGUUCGUAGUCAGACCCGCUAUGUUAUAUGGGGCAGAGUGUUGUGCAGCUAAGAAGACUCAUGUGCGUCGUCUGCAUGCGGCGGAGAUGCGGAUGUUACGAUGGAUGUGUGGGAAGACAAGGUUGGAUAGGAUUUCGAACGAAGUUAUCCGACGUCAGGUAGGCAUGUCGCCGGUGGAAGUUAAGCUGCGGGAAGCGAGGUUGAGAUGGUUUGGUCAUGUGAGAUGGCGGAAUGCUAACGCCCCUAUACGGAGAUGCGAGAGGAUUACGGUCGUCAGGGGAAGUAGGGGAAGGGGUAGACCUAGGAAGAAUUGGAAGAAUGUGAUUAGACAGGAUUUAGGACUUCUCACCCUGACUGAGGAUAUGACUUUAGAUAGGAACCUUUGGAGAACUAGGAUUAGAGUAGCUGGAUAGGGGCCCGGUGUCUCAGAGGUUUUUGUAGUGUGUUUUGUUUGGUUGGAAUCUUUUGUUAUUGCUUGCAGGACUUUCAUUCCAUUGU